AAAGUAAAACGCAACUGAGAAGAGAGCGAUACUCGCGAAGUCUUCUCUGGCUAUCGCUAUUGUCGAUCUUGAUGGUGGUCUCUCUGUUUUCGAUCUUGCUCGGUGAUCUCUCAAGUCCGUCUCUCUCAAUCGUGUCUCUCUCCUUGGUCGCUUCGCUUCUUUCAUCAGUUGAACUCGCAUCUAUUUUCCGUUCUUUUUCCCCAUCAAUGUGCAUUGGAGCUGCAGGGCUUUUGCGUUGUGUUUUGUCUUGAUCAGCCAUGGUAAAGGUUAAGCGGUUUUCAAAUCCACUCAAGUCACCACCUCAAGUAGUAGGUACAACUCAUCCUCCACCUCAAGCUCAACCUCAUGCCAUACUUCAAACUCAAUAUCAAGCUCUUUCUUUACGGCCUUCACCUCCGGCCCAAUGUCCAACACAUAUCCCAUGUCAUCCUCCAUCUCAAACCCAACUUCAUUCUAGACUUCAAACUCAAGUUCCAGCUCAUUCUUCACAUCAUAUUCAAGAUCCAACUCAAACUCAAGCUCCAACACAUAAUCCAACAUAUACUACACCGACCGUUUUAUCGCCAACUCUUGAAGUUCUACAACAAUCUCAAGAAUCAAGGCAAUGUGUUGGACGGGAGUCCACACAAUAUUGGAGUGUUGAAUCAUUAGAUUUAGGAGGAGUUAUUAAGAAGAUUAAAACCACAAAAGAUCAAGUAAAUAACUUAUCUACUGGAGAACGUGUAAUUGUGCACUUUGAUGACCAAGGUGCUGCAUAUGGCGAAGCACAAGGCUUGCUUGUUGGAUAUUGUGGAAUAUUAGCAAUUGAUGGUAACUUGUUUCCAAUAAGUUUUGAUAGAUGGUCUGGACCACCACCAUCAGGCAUGCCAAAAUGUUAUUUUGAAGAUUGCUUUAAAACAGACAUAAAGCCUCGAUUUUAUUUUAGGACUACUGAAGCUCUUGCAGAGCGAUAUUGUCGGCUCAGCAUUGGGAAAAAGUGGGCUUCCCAUAGGCAAAGAUUAUGGGAUGAAUUCUAUAAUCCAGCCUUAACAAGAGAUGAAAUUGUAUCUAAUGUACCACUCAGUGUAGAUAAAUCUCAAUGGGCUUUAUUUGUCAACUAUCGUCUAAAACCAUCUACGAAGGAGACUUGUCACAGAAAUAAGGAAAUACGUAGUAAGCAAGUGGUUCCUCAUACCGGUGGUUCUAAACCACUCUCACGAAAAAGACAUGAAAUGUUUUUACAAGUUGGAAUACAACCCAGUCGUGGACAAUUAUAUAUUGAAACCCAUAAGAAAAAGGAUGGGUCAGUUGUAAAUCUUGCAGCAAAAACUUUAGUGGAACAAAUUGAAGUGGGUUUGACUCAAAGCACUAAUGAUGAAUCUAUAGUUUCUCCUAAUGAUGUUAUUGGUAAAAUUUUGGGGCCUGAGCAUCCUGGAAGAGUACGAUGUUUAGGUAUGGGAGCAACACCUAGUUAUACAUUUAGAAAUACCAGAUUUCGACUUUCAGACUCAGGUACUUCAUAUGGUAUUUCUACAUCACCAUCUAAAUUUUGGCAAGAGAAGUACACACACUUGGAAUCUUGUCUUAAGAAUAUCACAGGAGCAUUUAAAGCUUAUAUAAUAAUGAAAGAAGGAAGGAUCCCUAAUGAAUUAGUUGGUGUCUUUGGUCCAUCAAAUCCAGCCAAUGUCGCAGGUGAGUCAGAUUUAUCAAAGAAUGUAACGGAACCUAAUUCACCAAUGGAUGCAAGUGAGUCUGAUUUACCAAUAGAUGCAAGAGAAACGUCUGGUGCUAGCAACAUCUGAUGAUUUUUAUGUUUCUUUUAGUAUUAGAUUUAGUUUUGCAACCAUAUAGUGCUAGCAACAUAUUAUGAGUUGUAUUUUACUAUAACAUACAAUAUGUUACUACGUUA